AUGGCGCCGUCCAGCAGAAGAUGGACUCUUCCACUCUUCUUUCUUUGGAUCCUCCUCAUCCACACAGCAGGUCUAUACCUCUUCACCAAAGGCUUCCUUCUGACACGACAGAUCCUCGACUCGAAAAGCGAUUGCUCUAAUCCACCAGUGAAUCUCUCCAGAAUCUCACUCACAACAGGCACCGCCAACUCCACCUGCUGGACGACCCCCGUCUUCUCCAAAGCGAUCAUCCUCCUCAUCGACGCCCUCCGCCACGACUUCACGACUUCACAACCCACAUCCCUCAAGCCAUACCACAAUGCACUCACCAUCCUUCACGAAGCCGCCGCUGAACGCCCUCACAAUGCCCUCCUCCUUCCCUUCAUCGCCGACCCCCCUACCACAACCCUCCAACGCCUGAAAGCCCUCACAACCGGCACCCUCCCCACCUUCAUCGAAGCGGGGUCCAACUUCGCCGGCUCGGCAAUCAAAGAAGACAACCUCAUCACCCAGCUCCGCGACGCAGGAAAGACCCUCGUGCAUCUCGGCGAUGAUACUUGGAGCAAGCUCUUCCCGGACCACUUUGAUCCUCGUCUCUCGCACCCCUACGAUUCGUUUCUGGUUGAGGAUCUACACACCGUCGACGACGGCAUAUACAAACACCUUUUCCCCCUCCUCCGCAAUAAGACCGAGACAUGGGACGUUAUCGUUGCUCAUUUUCUGGGCGUCGACCAUGUCGGUCAUCGCUUUGGGCCGUCACAUCCUGAGAUGCGGGGCAAGCUGCACCAGAUGGAUGACAUCGUGCGGGAGGCCAUGAGGGAGGUGGAUGACGAGACGGUGUUGAUUGUGAUGGGAGAUCAUGGCAUGGAUGAGAAUGGGAAUCAUGGGGGUGAAACGAGUGAUGAGGUCCGGGCUGCGUUGUGGUUGUACACCGCUAGGGAGGUAUGGGGGGUUGUGUAUUCUGAUGCUGAGCCUAUCACGGGGGUGACCAGGAGGGAUACGCCGCAGGUGGAUGUUGUGGCGACGUUGGCGUUGUUGAUGGGCGUGCCGAUUCCGUUUAAUAACCUGGGACAGCCGAUUGAGGAGGCUUUUGCUGGGGUCGAGGGGGGGGAUUGGGCAAGGUUGGUGGAAGUGAAUGCUUUGGCUGCGGCGCAGAUGCAGAGAUUUGCGAGGGAGUAUGAGAAGUAUGGGGGAGAGGGGCUGGGGUUGGUGGAGGGUGAGAUCUGGAGUGAGGUUGAGGUGGAUUUUGGGGAUGAGGUGGCGCUGAGGGAGCUGUAUGGGAGGAUGAGGGAGUAUCAGAGCAGGAUGCUGGAGGGGUAUAGAAGGAUAUGGGCUCAAUUCAAUCCGCUGAAUAUGGUUGAGGGAGUGGUGGUUCUGCUGCUGGGGGCUGUUGCUCUGUUGUGUUUCCAGGUCGAUGCCGAUUGUGCUGGGAUACUGAGGAUGUCUGCAGUGGUGGCUGGGAUUGUGACGGGAGUUGUGGCCGGGGCUGGCCAUGUUGCUUUGGCUGGCUCUUUUCGGGGUUCUGCAAUUGAUGGAGUGACUCUGGGUACUGCUAUGGGCAGUGCUGUGCUAUACAUCUGGCAGGUCGAUUUUCGAAAGGGUUUUCGGCUAAAGAUCUGGGACUGGCAGGCAGUGAUUUUCACCCUGCUUCUGUCCAUCGGAUUUGCCUCGAAUUCUUAUACCGUGUGGGAGGACCGCGUGGUUCUGGUCUUUCUGUCAACCUUUGGGCUAAGCACGUUUGGUGUAUCAAGCAGGCUACGACAUUCAAGAGGCAUGCACGGAGCUCGUUCUCUGCUGUUUAUGCUGUUGAGCCGAGUUGCCUCGCUCAGUCGAGCUUGUCGAGAAGAGCAAUUACCGUUCUGCAGGACUUCGUUCUAUCGCCUGGAGAACAGUGCAGUAUGGCGACUGUCAAUUCCCGUUAUUAUUGCCGUGGCCGUUCUAUACACCACCAGGAUGGCUCUUCAAGGCCUUGACGUUAGGAAAGUAUUUUGGUUCAGGACCUGCAUGCCCGCAGCACUGCUGUUCAACGCCGUCUUUUGGACCCUGGAAUCUGCUAAUGAGCAAGGUUGGUUGGUGAACAUCUUCGCUGAAGACACAUCCAAAACCGUACGAAUGACUGUUGCUCGGAUAGUGCUGGUUAUUGUCCUCGUUGGACUGGCAACUGCUUUUACAUCCACAUCGGGACAGAGAUCUGAAAAGCAACUCAUCUUCACUACGGCAGUACUGCUUGCAAGCAUCCUCGCAAGUAAACCAACGGGUGGGCUGUCCAUGACGAUUCUGUACUACCAACUCAUCAGUCUCCGUCAUCUUGUGCCCAGCAAAAUCUCGAUCAAACCCACUAUCGCCGCCCUCCUUGGCACGUUACACUUCUUUAGCACAGGUCACAACGCCACCUUCUCGAGCAUCCAGUGGAAAACAGCCUACAUCCCGUUUCGAGAUCCGCAGUACCCAUGGUCGCCACUGCUGGUGAUCGUCAACACGUUCGCCGCGCCAAUCGUGGCAGCAUGCGCUGUGCCUCUCCAUUCGCGGGAUGAUCAGAGCCAAGCCCGCUUACUCGCGGUUCAGAGCACUGUGUACACCACCUGGGCCGUUUUUACAGCUCUGUGGGCGUGUAUUCUCCGUCGUCAUCUGAUGCUAUUUGCCGUAUUCUGUCCGAGAUUCCUUAUGGCCGGCGGUCUCAUGGUGAUCAUCGAUGGUCUUGCACUGCUAAGCUCUUACUGACUACGGAGUCUGUGCUACUAGGAUAUAGGGCGAUACGAAAAGCUCGAUUGAUUAAUGAGAGACAAUAGUUUGCGUUGACGUCAACAGAACGAGCACAUAAAGUCAAAUCAUC